AUGCUGCUGGGGCACAGCAAGGGCGGCGUUGAUGCUCCAGCUGCAUUGUCAAUCUACUGGUGUGAUUUGAAAGACAAAGUUGCUGGUUUAGCACUGGUCCAGAGCCCCUACGGUGGCACGCCCUUGGCUUCUGAUAUUCUCCGUGAAGGCCAGAUUGCAGACAAAGAAACCCGCAGGAUCAUGGAACUUUUGAUAUGCAAGCUAAUUAAGGGUGACAUUCAGGCACUGGAGGAUCUUACUUAUGAGAAGCGAAAGGAGUUCAUCAUGAAGCACAAGCUGCCAUAUGAGCAAAUUCCUCUGGUUUCCUUCCACUCUGAGGCAAGCAUAGCCCCUGAUAUGUUUGCCACAAUGACACAUAUAGCACAUGCCGAACUUCCCUGGCUGCCCCUACCAAAUUUUGGAACUCAGGAAGAGUCAGAUGAAAUCGUUCAAGCAGGACGCCAGCUGCUUGUAGUGAUUCCUUUAUCUGCUGCAAUGGCUGUGACUGCACUUCAUCUACAACUCAGGUACGGGGAGAAGAGUGACAGAUUGGUGACAUGCUGUGACGCUCAAGUUCCAGGCUCGGUUGUGGUCGCACCGGACAGGAAGCUUGACCAUGCCUGGAUGGUUUAUUCCACAAGGAAAAAGAAUCCUAGUGAUGCUGAUGCCUCAGAAAUGUGUGAGGCCAUUUUAACUCUGCUUGUAGAGCUUGGAAAGUUAAGAGGGAAAAAGCUAGGAAAUUAA